CGAGGGAGGCCCAUCUGACCCACCCCAGCUUCUCCCCUUUUCCCGCCGGGGGUCUUCCAUCUCCAGCGGCUCCGCUGACGUUUCAGCAGCACCUGCGGGGCGGACCAUCUCUGCUCCCGACGCACUUUCCCGUGGUCUCACCUCCCGCCCAGGCGGACACCCCCCACAGGACCACUGCCCGAGCCUCAAACCCCAGGAGCCUCACGGGCUCCUCGGAGCGCCGGCCCUAGCCACCGCGGCGGGGCGUCCGGGAGGCCGACCUCGUUCCGAUCGGGCCCCGCUGGGCCACCGCCUUAGACGGAGGAACCGGCCAGCUCCCUGGAACCCACAGGCCUGAGGACACUGUACAUGAAUUGGAGACCAGACUGGAAGCACUUCUGAAUUAAGACCCGACUCGUGGAGGCGACCGGAGCACCUGAGGCCGGAAGAUGAGUGAGCUGGACCAGCUACGGCAGGAGGCCGAGCAGCUGAAAAACCAAAUCAGGGAUGCCCGGAAAGCCUGCGCGGAUGCCACGCUCUCCCAGAUCACAAACAACAUCGACCCCGUGGGGAGGAUCCAGAUGCGAACCCGGAGGACCCUGCGGGGGCACUUGGCCAAAAUCUAUGCCAUGCACUGGGGCACGGAUUCCAGGCUCCUCGUGAGCGCCUCCCAGGACGGGAAGCUCAUCAUCUGGGACAGCUACACCACCAACAAGGUCCACGCCAUCCCCCUGCGCUCCUCGUGGGUCAUGACCUGUGCGUACGCCCCCUCUGGGAACUACGUGGCCUGCGGCGGCCUGGACAACAUCUGCUCCAUCUACAACCUGAAAACCCGCGAGGGGAACGUGCGCGUGAGCCGCGAGCUGGCCGGACACACAGGUUACUUGUCCUGCUGCCGCUUCCUGGAUGACAAUCAGAUAGUUACCAGCUCUGGAGACACCACCUGUGCCCUGUGGGACAUCGAGACGGGCCAGCAGACCACCACCUUCACGGGGCACACCGGGGACGUGAUGAGCCUGUCUCUCGCUCCGGACGCCAGACUGUUUGUCUCUGGCGCGUGUGACGCGUCGGCCAAGCUGUGGGACGUGCGGGAAGGGAUGUGCCGGCAGACGUUCACCGGCCACGAGUCCGACAUCAACGCCAUCUGCUUCUUCCCCAACGGCAACGCGUUCGCCACCGGCUCCGACGAUGCCACCUGCCGGCUGUUCGACCUGCGUGCGGACCAGGAGCUCAUGACCUACUCCCACGACAACAUCAUCUGCGGCAUCACCUCCGUCUCCUUCUCCAAGAGCGGGCGCCUCCUCCUGGCCGGCUACGAUGACUUCAACUGCAACGUCUGGGACGCGCUCAAGGCCGACAGGGCAGGUGUCUUGGCCGGGCAUGACAACCGCGUCAGCUGCCUGGGGGUGACUGAUGACGGGAUGGCUGUGGCGACGGGGUCCUGGGACAGCUUCCUCAAGAUCUGGAACUAACCCACAGCGGCAGGUGCACGCGGCGGCCGGAGGCCGUCCCGCCCCCGAGGCGUUUCUGUGAUAGCAUUUCCAACCCCUACUAACGUGGGCGCCCUCCCCCUCCGAACUUCAAAAGGGCAAGACCUCUCCUCACUCACUGCUGAAACCAAGAGCACAAUCCCACGCAGAGAAGAGUGUGUGUCUGCUCGACCAGCCUGCACCCCUCCCGGGACCACUGUCUUCGUCUGCCUUUGUCUGAGAGGACCUGACGGGAAACACCCGAUGAAGAUGUCCGCCGAAAGCCGAGCCGAGUGUGCUUGCGAGACCGGCGCCCUGGCGUCGCGUGGGGGUCCCGAUAGGGGUCCCGCUUCGUGACCUUCCUGCAGAACAAGUCGAGGACGCCACCUUGUAAUCGGCUCUAAAUUUCAGGUCGUGUUCGUGACGGAUUUGGACACCACACUUCCUUUUUAAAAUACCUUUGUGUCCCUAGUUAACCAGAGAGAGAGGGUCUCGUACGGUCUCUCCGACAUCGUUAGCGGUGUACAUUCAGCCCCUGGUUGUUUAUUUUUGUCUGGUGUCCUGUGAGUGUCGCGCACAGACUCGGCACGGAGAGCAGCGCGGGCCGGGCACAGGCUGCUGCGGGUCUCGGGCUCACGGGGACCGGCAGCGUGUCCCCGGGCCCCUCUCCUCCUGCCCCGCCCUCCCUGCCUGCUCAGUGGGGUUUCUCCUCUCACUUGGGUCUCCUUGUGAAGUUGGGGGGGUCUGUGACAGCAGCCCAGCACCAGCCCACGCCCACCCCGCCGCCAGGGCCUCUCGUCAGGAGCGGCCUGUCCUGUGCUUGGGUAGUGAGUCCGUUACUUGUGUAUGAAACAAUGUACAAAUCAAUGUUUUGAAAAUAAUGAUCUCAAACUUUCUAAGUUAAAUUUUAAAAAAUUUGAUCGUUUGCCAUAUGGGGUGGGUUAACUCUUAGACUCGCAUGCUGUAGAAAUGCUCAAGUGUGCAUAGAGGACUCAGUCCUUAGAUGUUUUCUUUCCAGAAAUAAUCUCUUUCAAGUUGUAACCAUUACGGCUCUAUCGCUGCUACUCUGCACGCACUGGAAGCAGUACAGUACACAGCUCGACACGCUUGAGUAGCAGGAUAAAUCACUGUUUUCUUUAUUUCUUUAUAAAAAACAAGUCCUGUCCCAAAUGAUCGCCGUUGGACUCUGGGGGGGCAGGGGCGGGGCCCGGAGACGCUGGCCCUCCUCCAUCCACUCUGCACGGCCCGUCUCCCAAGAAACCAGCCCCCUGCACCCGAGGCGCCACUUUUCUAGUCCGCAGACCUCCCCGGUCUCCUCUGAGCCUUGUCCGCAGCAGCGAGUGGACGGGCCGCCGGCCGCCCCCGAGCACACCCAGGGCGGCACGGAGCCUCCUGGGCAGGCUGCCCGGCCCGGCCUGGCGGGACUCGGCGGGAGCCUCUCCGUCCACGUCCACACCCUGUAGAGCUGUCUGCACCGCCCUCCCCUUUUGUAUUUAAUUUUCAGUCUCUGUACUGCAAGGGAGCUGGAACAAGGUAGACCCUGUAUUAAGCUGUACUGUUAUUUAAGAUGUAAUAAAGCAGUUUGACACGA